GGACUGAUUGAACUUGUUAUCGUGCAGCUUCGAUGCUCCUAGACAUCCAACCCCACGUUGACUUCCUAUUCUUCCAUUGGCGUCCGUGAUCCAUCCCGCUUUGUGGAUCGCACCCACUAUGAUAUCUGGGUGUUAUAGCCUCACCCAUCCAUAGGCUCUAUACAUUACCAUCGUGCAGAAUCCCCCUAUCUUUUAACAAGCAUCAGCAUGCCCUUGAUCAUGGAGGACGGGAUCAAUGUGGACGAUUUGUUCGGUGAAUCCACCUCACUCGAGCUGGGUUUGCCUACGAGUACUCCGACUGCCUCUACGAAAGGCCUAGCUCAACGGCUGGAUGAGAUGAGAUUAGUCGGAUGCUGCCAGAAAAUUGCAUGGUCAAGACUCGGAUGCAUUGCAUCCAUUUCACAGGACUCAACCAGAGUGAACGUCCGCCACCUCCAGUGCCAGCAGUCUGAUGGGAAAUGGCUGCUGAGUGACGAGACACCAUUGAAUCAAGUGUCAGAGGUUCAUGCCGGUCAUGCCCUCGUUCAUCUGUGCUGGAACGAUUCAGGUACGGAACUUGCUGUGGCCGAUUCGUCCGGUCGAGUGUCUAUCUACUCCAUUCCUAUCGCCCUGAACAGCGUGAACGUGACCCGUCAAGCGGCAUUUGACCCUGAUGAUGAUGGGGCUCAGAUAGUUGGGAUGAUGUCUGGAGUGAUGAAGCUUCUCUACCAGAACCCAGAUGGUCGAUGGGCCGAGAUAACGACGGAAUUGAAGAACACAAGCUAUUCCGACAGGCUUCUUACUCACGCAGCCCUAGUGACAACCCAAGCAGGCAUUUUGGUUGCAACGCAUUCAGCGUGUCAGAGAAUAUCCCUUUACCGAGUCAGCAUUCAGUGGACCCCUUCCCAGUGGGAUCCCACGCAGCAGAAGCAGGGCUCCCAGCAAUUUCCUACCCCGAGCUUUCGCCUUGUUCAUAUGAAAGUUGAAGUGCCAUAUAAUAUUCCAAGCAGCAACCGUGAUGCAGGCGAGAACCCAGAUGAGCAGCUCCCCUUCACAAGCUCUCUCUACUGCCUUACCUCUCUACAUAUAAUACUUCCUGCGUCCGAUAAUUCAGCAGGAUCGACGCCAAAUCCUUGGAUUGUGGCUGUUUUCUCGAUCCCCACUCACGCAAUCCUUCCUCAUCCGCAGCCACAAAUACCGGCUAGCGUGAUUGUCCGGUGGCAGUUGGAAACUAGUCUCAUGACUCUUCACCCAAGAUUCGAUGAUGUGCCCUCCAAGAAGGGUAAUGGACAGGUCAAGCCAAAAACUGUACUGCGUCGCCUCGACGAUAUUACUUCGGGGCGUCAUGUUAUUUCCGUCGAUCAGACGGAAUAUGGCAAUGUUCUGGCGGUUUCUUACGACGAUAGUUCAAUUGCCUUCUAUGACCCCAAGACCAUGGCUGCAUUUGAUGGCAUCGACGAUGCAAACACAGUCACUAGCCUUGCUCAGGCAGGGUUCCACUACCCGCUGGAACCUUCAGCAUUACAUAUGAGCUUCUCACCCAGUGCCUGCCUCAUUGUGGGACUGGACAACGACGGGCAAACGCACCUCCGGAUCAUGGAGCACUCCUACGGGGCAGAGAAUGGCCAUUACGACGAGAACAAGUACUCUGCAGCCAUUGCUUCUUUGACAUUAGCUUUCUGCCGGGGUUGCGGUGGCGAAGUCAACACCGACGAUAUCUUGUUGAUAUUGAUACGCCAGUUAUCUCCAGAUGCUCAAACGGCUUUCCUCAAUGAGGUUUAUCGGGCACUAUCCAUCAACUGCAACUUCACAACCGAGCAGGAUAAAUUGAUGAAUCACCCAUAUAUCCCUCGUGCUCUAAGCAUACAGGCCGCGCUAGGCUUCAAGGGCAAGUUCAGGGCUCGCAAUAUUGCUUCUAAUGUUCCCUGGGCCAUCAUUCAACUGCGUCAGGCUGCUAUGAUAUACCCGUCCUUUUUCCAAUACAACAAGGGGGUUCAGGGACCUGAACCACACGAUCCAGAUGACUUUGAAAGCGUCUCUUCCGACCAAGAAGCUUUCAACCAGAAGCUGAAAACCACUACUUCUCUCCCUCUUAUCAUCCUCCUUUCCAGCAUGUCCCGCGCCUUCCUCCGCUUCAUCUGCCGCGGCCUCCGCGGAAUCCACGCCGGCUACGCAAACGCCCCCCUCACUGGCGACUCCCGCGUUUACUACACGGAAAUCUGCCAAACGCUCGACGCCUCCCCCGUACGCACAGACGUCUACGAGAAACUUCUAGCCGGCGUGGACUCCGCCGUCAAACACGCCUAUACAGGCGCCGGCUUCGGCGACAACGAGCGGCCCGGCCCAGAAAAGGAACUCCUUGUCAGCAGCCGCAUUCCGCCGGUCCUUGUUCCUGCCGUCUCAACGAUCCUCCGCCAAACAGUCCCCGCUAUGAGGGGAGAAAUGGACCGCCUUGCCAUUUUUAUGGGCGAUUAUGGUUGGCUAGGUUUUGGGAACGAUGCAAGGAGCGAACUGUACAGGCGAGAGAGGGACGUGGAUAUAAUCAAGAAGACGCCUAUAGCUUCUAGAUCUGGGAAGGGGAGCGGGUUAGGAAGUGUGGAGGCGGUCAUGGGACUAGGUGCAAGGAAUGGCAAUGGUAGCCAGUUGAGUAGACGGUGCGUUCGGUGCUGUGAGGUUUCAGAGGCAAUGUAUCCGCCGCGUUCAGUUUUGUCCUUUAAGAUGACACUGAAGCUGGGGCAUCUGAGGUCUUGUAUUUGUGGCGGUAUGUGGAAUCUUGAGGGGGGAUUGCCUGGCUAGAUAUGUUUGGUGGGUGUGGGCGUGCGU